AUGGAGGCAAAGAAACAAUGGGCGAUGCUAGAGAACAACCCGGAGGUCAUGAACCAAUUAGCUAGCAAGCUAGGACUGUCCGGAGAAGUUUGCUUCUAUGACGUUUAUUCCCUUGACGAACCAGAGCUCUUGGCGCACAUUCCUCGCCCAGCGCUUGCACUUCUUGUCAUCAUCCCGCUAACACCAGCGUGGAACCAAGAUCGUCAAUAUGAGGACAGAGGGAAAGGCAGUUAUGAAGGUGCUGGAGCCGACGAGCCCGUGAUCUGGUUCAAACAAACCAUAGGAAAUGCUUGUGGCUCUAUCGGUCUGAUUCACUGUGCCAUUAACGGCCCGGCUGCUGAGUACAUACAGUCUGAGUCGGCCCUAGAUGUGAUACGAAAGAGCGCGAUUCCGCUCAAGAUGGCAGAGCGUGCUGAUAUACUCUACAACAGCAUGCCAUUCGAGGAGGCUCAUAAGUCUGUUGAGCAAGUCGGCGACACGCCUGUUCUCCCGUCUACAGAGCACACCGGUCAGCACUUCGUUGCCUAUGUCAAAGCGAAAGGAAGAUUAUGGGAGCUCGAAGGCUCGCGAAAGGGACCACUGGAUCGUGGUGGCCUUGAUGAAGACGAGGAUGUGCUUAGUCCACGAGCUCUCCAGUUAGGACUGAGGAGGAUCAUCAAAUUAGAACAGGACAGCGGCGGGAAAGACCUCCGUUUCAGUUGUAUUGUCUUGGCUCAAAAGUCUUGA